AUGCCAUUUGGUUUUGGUAAAAAAUCGAACAAAAAGAAAGAUAAAGUGCAAGUAUUCCAUAAAGAAGUUCUUGCUGUCCAUAAUGAGCUACGAGCAAAUCAUGCAGCACCUGCUCUUAAAUGGUCUGAGAAAUGUGCACGAUCAGCCCAAGUAUGGGCUGAUCAAUUAGCCAAAAUGGGACGUUUACAACACAAAGUGGAAGACAACAUGGGCCAAAAUUUAGCCUUUGUAUACAGCUCAGAUGGUAAAAAUGUUACUGGUGAACAAAUUGUCAAUAUGUGGUAUGAUGAAAUUAAGGACUACAACUUCAAGAAUGCUACAUUUUCAUCGGGUACUGGCCAUUUUACUCAAGUGGUUUGGGUUGGAAGCAAAGAAGUUGGUGUUGGUAUUAGUUCAACACCCGAUGGCAAAGUAUUUGUUGUUGCUAAUUACUUGCCAGCAGGGAACAUGAUGGGGCAAUUCGCUGAAAAUGUUAAUCCUCCUCAAUCAGCACAUGGUGGUCAAGGUCGUAGCAAAAGUAAAUUCAGCAAGGGAAAACAACCGUCAGCGUCAUCAUCAUCCGAUACUGGAGCAGGAGCUAAAUCAAAAGAUCCCAAGAGAAGAGCUAGUGUUCGUUGUGUUGCUAACGCCAAUUUGACUGAAUUUCAGUCAGAAAUGUUGAUUGUCCACAAUGAAAUGCGAGAAAGACAUCGCUCAUCGGCGCUAAAAUGGUCUGAUUCUUGUGCUACAAGUGCUCAAGAAUGGGCUGAUCAAUUAGCAAGAAUGGGUAAACUACAACAUAAAACCGAAGGCGAUAUGGGUCAGAAUUUAGCCUAUAUGAAAACAUCGUUGGGAAAUCAAGGAGAUAUCAAAGCAGAAGAGAUUGCCAACAUGUGGUACAACGAAGUGAAAGACUAUAAUUAUAAAAAGGCAGAAUUUCAACCUUCAACUGGCCAUUUUACUCAACUAGUCUGGGCAGAGACGGAAUUUGUUGGUGUAGGCAUAGCUUCUACUGCUGACGGUAGAGUAUUUAUUGUGGCUAAUUAUUCUCCAGCUGGCAAUGUACAAGGUAAAUAUGGCAUUAAUGUGAAAAAACCGCGUGGUAAAUCGAAAUUCAAAAAGCUGUUUGCAAGAAAAAAUAAAGGAACUAAUGUUACAGGUAUUACCUCACAAAAUGAUGGCGCUUCAGCAAAAUCGAAACGAAAAGGCCGUAAAGCCAAGGCAACUUCAAGAGGCAUAGCUAACGAAAAUUUAUCGCCAUUCCUAUCCGAUGUCUUGAUGGCUCAUAAUGACUUCCGUAGUAAACAUGGAGCUCAGCCUCUAGGAUGGUCAUCGCGUUGUGCAGACACAGCCCAAGCUUGGGCAGAUCAGUUGGUAAAAAUGGGUAGAUUGCAGCAUAAGAAGGAAGAUAACAUGGGGCAAAAUUUAGCUUAUAAAUUUACCUCUAACCCUGAUUCAGUUACGGGCCAAGAAAUGGUUCAGAUGUGGUAUGAUGAAAUUAAAAACUAUAACUUUAAAGCCGCAAAAUUUGGUAUGAAUACUGGCCAUUUUACGCAAUUGGUUUGGGCAGAUACGGUCGAAAUGGGAGCUGGUGUGGCACAGUCAGCAGAUGGCCAGAUUUACCUUGUUGCUAAUUAUUCGCCACCUGGCAAUGUAAUGGGGAAAUUUAAAGAAAACGUUUACCCAGUAGGGACUAAAAAUCCUAAGAAGUUUAAGAAAUCCCUUGCAAAAAAGGCUGCUAAUUCUGUUCGAGAUAAAGCAAGAAGAAAACCAGCUCCUUCCAUUCCUUUGAUAGUUUGCAAUUUGAUCACAUCCACUAUCGAGGUCGCCUACCGUGUGAUUUCACCUAGACUUCAUAAUCAAUUUCUAAUAGGUGCAAUUAAUGAGAAGAAACUUGGCAGUUUCAAAGAUGUCAGUCUUGAUGCACAUAAUAACUACAGAGCUAAGCAUGGAGCUCCACCAUUAAAAUGGUCAAAGGAAUGCACUACACAUGCUAAAAAAUGGGCAGAUUAUCUAGCCAAAAAUAAGAAAUUUGAACACAGCCACCAAAAAGGCUUCGGGGAAAAUUUAGCAUGUUUUAUGGGUUCCGCUCAAAAAGAAAUUACCGGACAUGAAGCGGUCGAUAUGUGGUAUGAUGAAAUUAAAGAUUACAAUUUCCGCCGCGCAACCUUUACCCCGGGUACUGGCCAUUUUACACAAGUGGUUUGGCGUGAAACUACCGAAGUUGGUGUUGCAAUGGCCAAAGGUAAAAAUAAUUAUACCGUAGUGGUGGCAAACUAUAAACCUGCAGGCAAUAUGAUGGGUAAAUUUAAAGAAAAUGUUUUACCUCCUAACUAA